AUGGCAAAGUGGGGUGUUGAUACUGUCCAGGGAGAGGAGGAGAAGAGAGAGGGGGGAGUGGGAAAUGAGAGGGUGGGGACUGAGGCAUGCUGCAGGAUGGCACAGACGUUGACUUUCUUGAUGUUUGCGGUCCUGAAUGCUCUGAGCUGCCACAGUGAGGUGAGGGCCAGGGACCCUGACGUGGAGGAAGAAGAGACAGUGGGCCAUGGAAGGGCACAGCGAAUGCCUGGCACAUUUGGGACAACUCACCUACCCAUGCCACAUAACCAUCGACAUCCCGGCACCCCGGUCUCGAUGGCUUCUGCUGGUAUGCCUCAAAACUCUGCGAACCCCACAAGAGAGAGAGUACAUCCAUCUGUACAUAGAGGAAACUGGUGUGCGUAUGUGAAUCACCGUGUGGUCACCACAGCUGUACUGUGUACUGAGACCCAGAAAGUGAAAUCAGUAAGCCCCUGUCCUGAUGGGGCUCCAGAUUGCCAAAACAUCACGUAUCGGUUGUCCUCACUGCCUGUGUACAAACAGAAGCACACUACGCUCUCCUCACUGCAUUGGCAGUGCUGCCCGGGAUAUAGAGGACACAACUGCUUGGAAAAAGAAGAUAAGGCUCAUGACUCAAAGUCUGAACAGGACCAAGUAAAAAGCCAAAAUUCUGGAACAACCAAGGUUCAUGACAACGAUGACCCAGUAACCUCUCUCCCACCUUCUUCCUGUAAACAAACUCUGGGUUCUUUCCCUGUAGAAGAAAAAAUCCUGACUGACCAGCAAGAGGAUGUAGGUUGGGAUGAGAAAUCUGAACGGCAGCCUCCUAUCCAUGAUCCUUCAACUUCUGUUGAACCUCCUCACAGCCCUGUUGAUGCCAAAGAUGGGAUCCCUGCCUCACACCCUCUGCCAAUACUCGAUUCAUCCAUUCUACUGUCAAUGCAACAGUUCAUGUCAAUUAUGAUGAGUCAACUUCAGCCAGUCCUGGAAAGCUUCAAUCAAACACUGCAACGUCUGUCCGGCGAGGUGGACGCGCUGUCUCGGGACCUGCAGCAGUUGCGGCUGGAAAAGCAUGCGGAGAGCAGGACUGAAGCUCACGGUGGAGCUAUUAAAGAGAAAUUAGAGUACAGCUAUAUGCAUAUCAGUCAAAUGAAAGCUCAACUAGACACACAGAAAGAUCAGAUGGAGAAGGCAUUACAGAUCCAGCAAGAACUGCUACAGCAGAACCUAACAAAACUGAAGGAGGAGAUGGAUGAUCAGAUCAGUCAGAGCCAGGAUGUACAGAUGAAUCUCCAGUCCAUAAGUGUGUUGGUUAAGGAAGUAAGAGAUGAACAGAAGAGGCUGGAAGGGACACUGCGGAGAGAGCGCAUGGAUGGUGGCCAGCCAACGCCGGAGUCAAGAGUGUGGGAGGCCAUCGCUCGCCUGGAUAAAGAGACGCUAAAACACACUGCACAGCUCAGCAGCUUGUCUGAGACCUCUGAAGACAAUGCUAGAGCCGUCCAAGACCUUCGAGGAGAUCUACUGAAGUUGGGCAAGAAAUUAGAAGAGUUCAAAAAGGACUCGGAGGUCCAAUUUACAGAAACGGGUUUGGAGAUAGAAGCCGCUCGCGUCAGGGUGCAAAACAGCAUUGGUGAGCUUCAAGCUAAUCUAAGUUCACACAAAGGCCAGGUGAGAGAGCUAGAGCUAGACAUGGACAACAUCUAUCAUCAACUACAAAGAAAUGAUUCGACGAUUGCAGAGCAAACCUGUGACUGCGGGUCGAUCGGCGAUUCCCUGCUGAGGUUAGAAAUGGAGGUGGGUAACGUGACACAUUUAGUGAGAACAAACCAGUUUGCAGAUGAAGAUGUAGAGAGGAAUCAGGCUCGAUGGGCGACAGAAGUGGAAGAUCUUCAUCAGGGUCUGCUGACUAUGAAAGAAUCGUUGUCUUUUGAACAAAGUAAAAGUAGGGUUAUAAACAACAAUCUAUCCCAGCUAAAGGCUUCACUUCUGGAGAGCCAACAGGAGAUCCGUGAUCUGAAAAAGAAAGAUGAGGAGAAGACGGAUGAAAUUCAAGGCCUGUCGGCCACCUUCUCUUCUCUUCUGAGCGACGCCGUACGGCACUCCGAGGCCCUGGAGGUGAUACUAGGAGAGGAGGUCUUGGAAUUCACCAAGUGGUCACAAAGCCAACAGAAAGAGCUCAGCAUACCAAAUCUUUUAGAGAAAAUGCACUUGAUGCAGCAAAAAAUUGAAAACCACAACAAGUACCUAGCUUCUCUUCGGAAAAAGCAUCCUGAAGAAAGUGAGAUGCAUAGUGAUGACCCCGUGUCAUAUUCAGACUGGACCGGCGCAAAGAACCAAGUGGGCAGUGAUCGGGAUUCAUUGGACCCGUCUACUGGAGAGGAUGAAGAUGUGGACUACUCAGUCAGUGACUUCUGGACUCUAGGAAAAGAGGUGGAGCAAUUGGCAGGCCGAAUAAACUUGCUGGAGGAGCGUUGUGGCAACUGCACCGAGACCCCUGGUGGCUCGGUUGUGGAACUGCAGGCAGAUAUAACAUCACUACGACAGAGCCUGGAGGAUCAUUUAGGAACAUAUGAAAAACUAUUCAGUAAUACAGAAGAACUAGUCAGCUCUGCUAGAAGCCUAAACCUGGAUGAAGUGUGGAGGAUGGUUAGGAAGAAAAACAAGAAGGAUAGAAGGCAACUCCACAACCAAAAACAACAAAUAGAAGGAGUACAAGACAACUCUUCCAGUAGGCGAAGCAAAAGACACAGUAAAACAGGACAUGCUUUAUUACCACAUUCCCCGGUGGUGUUCGUCGCAAGCCUGGACCACAGAACAGGGCCGAAAGGGGAGCUCACAUCGAGAAACGUGGAUGUAAACCACGGUGGUGCUGUCAGUCCUUCAUCACAGAUGUUUCGGGCCCCUGAGGCUGGACUUUAUCUCUUCGUAGUGACAUUAGACUUUCAGAGGGGCCGUUCAUUGGCUGUGCUGAACCGCAGUGGAGUCCCAGUGGCCUCUCUCAGACAGGAAGAAGGGGGGACGGUGAGUCGAGUCAUCCUGCUUGAGCUUCGACCAGGGGAGACAGUCACGUUAGAAUUGAUGCGUGGAUCAUUACGUCAAGGACAACCUGGGGUUAACACACUGUCUGGACUGUUACUCUAUAUUACCAAGCACGAGGAUCUGCUCUGAAGAGAGGAUGACUGAAUGAGAUACAAGGGUGGGGGGUUACGUAAGCACGAGCAGGAUCAUCACCACCAGACAUAUGACGUAAACAUGCAUUCUUGUUGUAAAGAUGCGGACUACUUUUGUAUUAGAUGUCGACUGGCUAUGUAGUAACAUUUUAGUAACAUGCAGACAAUAUAUAAUCAAGGAACAUUGGCAACAUAAAAAAAAUCAUUGCAAAAAUGUUUUUUUUCAGUCUCACAAAGGAAUUUUAUGAGCUGGCUAAUUUUUAUGAAUUCGUACAAAGUGAAUCGUACGAAACAUUCAAGAAAACAAUAAAACCCCUUCCCUAACGCCACAACAUGGGGGGAUAGCAAGUCAUACAAAAACGUACGAAUGUGGUCGAUUAUGUACGAAUAGCCGUGAUAUCGUGUUUGUUGUUUUUGUUUUAUUAUUUUAACAGUGGAAGAUAAAAAGCACAGAAACCGGUCAUUAUUUUCACGGUGGCAAAGUAGCCUAAAUAAACACAUGGUACCUAUCGUGAGGACAUUAUAAUCUUUGUCAGAAAAAAACAGUAUUGUGAUAUUUUGUUUGGCAAUCGAUUCUAAAAAAAAGUACUGCAAUAUCAAUGUUUUAUAAAUAAAUUGCAGUUGUUUCGCUUGGAGUUUACAUCCCAACCACUAGAUG